UUAUCUUUUACACGAGUUUCCAGUUCAGCUAAGUAUGUAUGUAUUAAUAACACACGUACUUUCCCUGUACAUCCCCGCAUCUUCGUGUCCAUACGCACACACAGAAAUGACGCACACGUUUUGCAUCGUUGGGUUAUUCCCAAGUUAUCCCAGUCUUAUAAGUAGUAGAUAUCCAGUAGAUGAUCGCAGUGAAUGAUCGAGCGUCGAGUUAUAAGAAGACGCGGAUAGAGCAGUUGUCGAUCUUUCGCCACGCAGUGCUUUAUUAUGCGGAUUAUUAAGCGGAUUUUUGCGCUACUAACGACUGUUUAUGUGUGUAUUGAUUCCGGAUAUGCACAAACUAAUAACUGUGGACCAGAGAGAUUUCAAUGUCGCGAUGGAGAUUGCAUAGCCGGCGAAUUGUUAUGCGAUGGUAAAGCGAACUGUAAGGAUUCGUCCGACGAGACCCGGACCGAAUGUAUGAGAUCGCAGAUUCUGUGUCCCGAUUAUGCUUUUCGAUGUACAUACGGCGCGUGUAUAAACGGGGACGCCGUCUGCAACGGCAUCCAGGAUUGCGUCGACAAUAGCGACGAAACGCAACCCCAGUGCUCGAGAACAAGCGGGAACAAUAAUCAAACAGCAAGACCUGCACAAUGCAGAUCGAAUCAAUUUACGUGCGACAACGGACAAUGCAUAGACAGUACCGAUGUGUGUGAUGGGACUCGAAAUUGUUUAGACGGCUCCGACGAAACAGAUGCGAGAUGUAGAUCAUUGACGUGUCCACCGACAGUUUUCCGUUGCAAUUAUGGAGCUUGCAUUGACGGUGACCUACGAUGCAACGGAAUAAGCGAGUGUGCUGAUGGAUCGGAUGAGGAUUCAAAUUUGUGUAGCGGAAGUGGAUGGCCGUCGCCGUUACCGUCGGUGCGACCACCAUUAACAUCAACAACAACGGGACGAUCACCAGUAGAGACUUCUUCUGUGACAUCUGGCACAAGGACUUGUAAAACUCCACCACAACUGCAAAACGGUCACUGGAGGUUGCAUCGAUUGCAAUGCUCAAAUAUAGAACAGGAUUGUGAUAUUCCAGAAGGAGUAAAUCUAGGACCAGGAUCUCAUUUAGUUUACUCUUGUAAUCCUGGUUAUAAAAUACAAGGUUCUACUGAUGUAAGCUGCAUUGAAGGAAAAUGGCUUAAUAUACCAACUUGCACAGAAAUACGUUGCAAAGCUUUGAAUUCAGCAUCAACUAAUGCUGAAUGCACAUACGACGAUGAGUGGGUGUCUUGUGAUUCUCCAGUUGUACCUAGGACAAGGGCGAAAGUGACCUGCCGAGAUAGUUAUCGACAUGAAAGUAGUCUACUUUCAAGACAAAGAGAUGUUGUGAGAUGUAAUAUGAAUGGUCAAUGGGAUCCAGAACCUAUACGAUGUGUUCCAGUAUGCGGUAUACUUGCCAAUGUUACACCGCUGAUUAUAGGCGGUGUUACACCUAAUAUCACGGAAUUUCCGUGGCACGCUUCACUGUACCUUGAUGUACAAGGCACGAAAAAGAAAAUUUUCUGUGGAGCAUCCAUCAUUCAAGAAAAUCUCUUGAUAACAGCAGCUCAUUGUAUAUAUCAUGAAAACACUAGGCGAGUGGUUGAUCCCAGGAAGAUUUACAUAGCAACAGGAAACAUCUUCCGCGAUUACGAGUCACCCUAUCAUGAUCCAGUCAUCGUUAAAAAGAAUCAGGUGAAACAUAUUUACAUUAUUUGUAAUUAUCUAGGACUUUUAGGAAAUUAUAUCAGGGAUAUUGCGAUAUUAGAACUUGUUGAACCAUUCGUAUUAUCGGCUACGUUAGUUCCUGUAUGCAUAGAUCUUCUCAGCGAUAGAACUGUAUUGGAAGCAGGCGCAGAGGGAAAGGUAGCAGGGUUUGGUAGAACCGAAAUUGGUGAUUCCAGUGCAAUCUUACAAUCUUUGAAAGUACCAUACAUUCCAUUCAAUCAAUGCAAAUCUGCAAGCCAAGAGGCUAAUACGCAACAAUAUCUCACUACUGAUAAGUUUUGUGCAGGCUACACAAAUGGUUCUUCUGUUUGUAAUGGUGACAGUGGUGGUGGAUUGGUCUUUAAAACCAAUGGUUUGUGGUAUCUCAGAGGUAUUGUUAGCGUUUCCCUAGGUACGAUACUACAAGAUGGAAGUGCUCGUUGUGACAAUAAUUUGUAUUCCUUAUACACACAAAUAUCCAGUCACGUUGAUUGGAUACAAAAUGUAAUUGCUAAUGUAGAACAUAAUCAGUCAUCAUUAUGCACAAGUAAGACUUAAAUAUUAUACUUUUCCAAAUUUAUAAAUGGUACUAUUGAGAUUAUUAUGCAUGAUCAUUAAAUUAAUUUUGUUAUGUAUUGAUAUAUUCUAUAUUACAUGAGAUUGUGUGUGAUCGUGUAAAAUUGCGAUUUUGUCCAAUAAAAUAAUUAAAAACUUGAAAAAUAA